UCUGCCAGAGCUCGUGUGCUUCCAGAAGGGAAAGGCUUUAUUCAAGAUGAAAUCCAUCCUGAUUGUUGCCUGCCUCCUUGGGAUGGCAGUUUGUGCCCCUAAACAGAGGUACAUGGAGUUCGACAUCCAUCACGCCCCGGCUGAGGCAGUCCAGGCUAUUCCUGCUGGAGCAGCAGUGGGAACUCUGGAUGUUCUGCUCCCAGUUGAUGACCAGAAACAGCUUCUUGCAGGACCUGUCCGUGGCUUCAUCAAGCAGGAGAUCCUCGAGCCAAACGGGAGGGACACCAAGGACGUGUACAUCCCCUUUGGAUUUGACCAGCCAGCUGUCGCCCCUGUUGCACCUGCUGCUGCUGCCCCUGCUGCCCCUGCUGCCCCUGCCGCUCCCGCCGCAGCUCCAGCUGCUCCUGCUGCCCCUGCUGCCAAACCCAGCGGGGAUGACGAUGAUGACGAUGACUAAACGAUCGGACUCAGCAGGACGGCACAGAACAGGCGACCCAUGCAAUGAGACCAGGAGCUGGUGACAGAUGACCAGCCAACACUUCUGUUGAAGCCUGAGAGAUACGGUGCUACGGGUUUGAAAGGAAAACAGAGCAGAUGGAUGGAUUUUAAGCGAUAGGUGGUGCUCUGUAGAUGGUGCUUUGCUUUUCUAUGAAAUAAA